UCACCAACACCGCUCCGGCCCUGCACCGUGAGUUGGUGAAGCACGCGCGCAGCAGCUGCCGGGCGUUCCCCAUGGAAAUAAAGAAGGCUAAGGAAGGCAGUUGCGUCUGACGCGAGGACACCCGCCAUUAGCGUUAGUUAGAUGACAUCUGUGUCUCUGUGAGUGUGUGAGUGAGUGAGAGAGAGAGGGAGAGAUGGGCAUCCAAUCACUGGAAGAAAUCAGCGUUUCGGCGAUCGAGGAUCUCGGGAUACCGUCGUCCGAUGCUGUGGUUCUUCACGAGAAGCUUGGAAAGAUCCUUCGAGAGUGUGGGGAUUCGAGGGUGCUGGCAUGGAAGCAGAUAUCCAGGAAGCUGCUCGAACCGAGCCUCCCUUUCUCCUUCCACCAGAUGAUGUAUUACAGGUGUUAUAGAGGUUGGGACGCUUCCAAGAUGGGACCUCCUCCUGCUUGGGUUCCCGACGAAGAUGAUGCGCUUUUGACGAACAUCGGAUGCUUCCUGGAGAGGCAUGGAGAAGAGCUGCUUGGGUCAAAGUACAAAGAUCCCAUCUCAAGCUUCACUGAUUUUCAGGAGUUUUCUGUUAUGAAUCCUGAGGUUUAUUGGAAGAUGGUCUUCGAUGAGUUAAAUAUUUCAUUUUCUGUUCCACCUACCUGCAUACUAGGAAAUUGUGAAUCUGAUGAGGGCAGAUUGUCUUAUCCUGGCGGUCAAUGGCUUCCGGGAGCCAUGAUGAAUGCUGCUGAAAAUUGUUUAACUUCAAAUGGUAAAAGGAAUCUGCAUGAUACCGCAAUUAUUUGGCGCGAUGAAGGUUCUGAUAGCUUACAUUUAAGUCGCAUGACUUUCAAAGAGCUGCACGCAGAAGUUUGCGUGGUUGCAAAUGCACUUGAUUUGUUAUGCUUGGAGAAGGGGUCAGCCAUUGCUAUUGAUAUGCCAAUGAAUAUCAAAGCAGUUAUUAUCUAUCUUGCCAUUGUCCUAGCAGGUUAUGUUGUUGUAUCUAUAGCUGACAGUUUUGCUCCUCCCCAAAUAUCAACUAGACUGAGAAUAUCAAAUGCAAGAAUUGUGUUCACUCAGGAUGUUAUCAUUCGGGGUGAAAAAAUUCUACCAUUGUACAGUAGGGUUAUUGAAGCCAGCGCACCCCGAACAAUAGUUAUAUCUGCUAAAGGACCAACUGUUGCAACAGAUCUGCGGGACUGUGACAUGUCUUGGGAUACAUUUAUUGGAAAAGUUGAAAAACAAAAAGCUAACGAUUACAUUUCCAUGCAACAACCUAUAGAAGCUUUCACAAACAUCCUGUUCUCAUCUGGAACAACAGGGGAACCAAAGGCAAUACCAUGGACGCAUGCAACCCCACUUAAGGCAGCAGCAGAUGGUUGGGCUCACCUGGAUAUCCGAACGGGUGAUGUUGUUGCUUGGCCUACCAAUCUUGGAUGGAUGAUGGGUCCAUGGCUUGUUUAUGCAUCUCUUAUUAAUGGGGCAACAAUGGCUCUGUACAAUGGAUCUCCUCUGGCCUACGGAUUUGCCAAAUUUGUGCAGGAUGCAAAGGUUACAAUGCUUGGUGUUGUUCCAAGCAUAGUUCGGGCAUGGAAAAAUUCAAAUUCUAUAACUGGCCUUGAUUGGUCUUCUGUUAGGUGCUUCAGCUCCACUGGGGAGGCAUCUAAUGUCGAUGAGUACCUUUGGCUGAUGGGAAGAGCUCUCUACAAACCAGUUAUAGAGUACUGUGGUGGCACCGAAAUAGGUGGUGGUUUUGUUUCAGGUUCUCUGGUGCAACCUCAGUCAUUGGCUGCAUUUAGUACACCAGCUAUGGGUUGCAAGUUGUACAUCCUUGGAGAUGACGGGAAUCCCCUCCCACAAUCUGUACCAGCUGUUGGCGAGCUGGCACUUGAUCCGACAAUGUUUGGCGCUUCAACUACAUUGCUUAAUGCUGAUCAUUACAAAGUUUAUUUCGAAGGAAUGCCUGUUUACAAUGGAAAGGUUUUGAGAAGACAUGGAGAUGAAUUUGAACGCACUGUUGGGGUUUAUCGUGCACAUGGUCGGGCUGAUGAUACCAUGAACCUUGGUGGGAUAAAGGUAAGUUCCAUUGAAAUUGAACGCAUCUGCAACGGAGUUGAUGAUGCUGUGCUGGAGACAGCAGCAAUUGGGGUACCUCCUUUAGGGGGCGGUCCAGAACAGCUGGUCAUCGCAGUGGUCUUCAAAGAUACAAAUUUUUCUUCAGAGGCAGACUUAAGUUCCUUGAAGAAGGCAUUCAAUUCAUCCUUGCAACGAAAACUCAAUCCGUUAUUCAGGGUUUCCCAUGUUGUGGUCAUGCCUUCUCUUCCUCGGACAGCUUCAAACAAGAUAAUGAGAAGGGUUCUGAGGCAACAACUCUCACAAACGGAGCAAAGUCCAAAAAUGUGAUCUGCACAUGGCUCGGUCGUGUAUCGCUUUGACUAAUUUGCGGAUAAAAAUGGAGUUCCCAUCGGUGUCACUAUUGUGUGAUGAUCGUAGAAUAAUGAUCGUAGAAUAUUUGUAGCUACACCUCUUUACGUCUCGUACAGAAACCGAUGAAUUCAAAGUUACCAAAAUCAGCCGAUUCAAAUUCAAUUAGUGACAAAUGGAUCAAUUUGGUGGCAGAUUCAAGAAUGCCAUGUGUUUUUUUUCAACUGUAUUUGUAAAUCGAAACAUUUUAAGAAAUUUCUUAUUUUAGGCAAUUUUAAUAUAAUUUAAUUUUUCUCGAAA